AGACCAGGGGGCGAGGACUCCCCUCUCUCACAUGAACCAUGCACUGCCUCUGGACCACAGCAUUCUUACAAACGCUCAUUCACUGCCUUUUCUUCAACAUGAGGACAUUUGAUAAAGCCGCAGCGUUCAGCAUUAAGGACAGCAGGGAGGGGACAGAGGAGCUCCACCCGGAUGAAGUGGCACAGUGGUGGGGUGAAUGGAGUAGCUGGUCGACCUGCAGCUGGACAUGCGGAGGAGGCGUUCGCUCACAGGAGCGCCACUGUCUGCAGCAGAGGCUCACCACCACACACAACAUUAACAGUUCCUUCUGUGCUGGAUCGCCUAAGCGGUAUCAAUUGUGUACUAACCAGCCCUGCCCCAACAGCAGAAUCGGUUUCAAACAGCACCAGUGCUCCCAGUUCAACUCCAAAGCCUUCAGCCGGAAACACUACGAGUGGGUUCCCCUCUAUCCAGAUGAUUACAUCAGCAUUUCCAGCAAGCCGUGUGACCUGCAGUGCACCACCACCACGGGAGAGAGACAGCUAUUGGUUCCGGCACACGACGGGACCUUUUGCAGGAAUGGUGUCUUCAAGGGUGUCUGUAUCGAGGGCCAGUGCCAGGUGGUGGGGUGUGAUGGGAAACUCUACUCUAGUAAAUCUGUAGACAAAUGUGGCAUCUGUGGUGGAAGCGGUGACACAUGCUACCGGAUCUCAGGAUCUUACCGGAAAGGGAUCACACAGUUAGGCUACGCCUUCAUAACCAACAUACCUGUUGGAGCCACGGACAUCCAGAUCGUGGAGCGUCGCAAGACUGAAAACAUCUUGGCUCUGUCCGAUGAAGCCGGACACUUCUUCUUUAACGGCAACACAGUAAUUGACAACCCACGCAACUUCCCCAUAGCAGGAACAGUGUUUAAGUACCGGAGGCCAGUGAACCUCUUCUCAGAUGGCUUUGAGUACAUCAUGGCCCAAGGUCCUACACAGCAGGGCCUGAACGUCAUGUAUUACAACCUUAACGGAAAGAUGCCUCACAUCACAUACGAGUACACGGUGCCUCGUGUGUCCUCCACACCAGCAUCAUCCACCCAGGAGCAGCCACCACUGGGCAGCAUGAUGGCCAACGCUUCCUAUUCGCAGCUCCCCAUUACUGGGAACGAGGUAGAGGCUCGACAUGAAAAGAGUGAGGAGGUGAAGAACCAGAGUGCUCCUCUGGAUACUAAGGGGAACAUGGAGGCACAUGGAGAUGUUCAGUGGGAGCACCAACCUCCUUGUAACCUCACAGAAAAUCCUGAAAUGCUGCAAAUAACAGCAUCAGGAGAGGUUCUGCGUAACGAGCUGGGAAAGCUGGCUGGAUUUGGCUCCAAAUUUAACCUGUUAGAAGUCGACUCGUCCACUGUGACUAACGAGACACAGCCCAUGGCAAAGAGUGUGAAGAGCAAGCUGUACAAGCUGCAGCCUUGUGUAGAGAGCACAUCUGUCUCAGACUGCUCCACGCUGAAGCUGAACUCCAGCUCCAUAGUGAAGAACAGCCUCAUGCUGCAGAUCCACACGACGAGCCAGAGACAGCCCGAGUUCAAACCUGAGAUGAACAACACCUCACAGCACAGAGCACAGCUAAUUCCGCUCCAACAGGGGGCAACAGAGCACCUCCCACUCACUGACAGCAAUGAAUUUGAGGUAGUGUCUAUCGACCACAACGUCAACCUGGCAGGCUUGUACAGAUGGAAGGUAUCUGCGUUUGCACCCUGCAGUUCAACUUGUACCACAGGUAUCAGCACAGCAUAUGCUUUGUGUGUAAGAUAUGAUGGUUCUGAGGUUGAUGAGAGUUACUGUGAUGCUUUGACUCGACCUGAGCCCACGUACGAGUUCUGCACAGGCAGAGAGUGUCCACCCAGGUGGGAGACGAGCCGUUGGAGCGAGUGUUCUCGGACCUGUGGCGAGGGAUUUCAGUUUCGAACAGUGCGCUGCUGGAAGAUGAUGGCACCAGGCUUCGACAGCUCUGUGUAUGAUGAUUUGUGCUACGCUGCUGAGCUGCACAAGCCCAUGGCACGCAAAUCCUGCAGGAACAAAUCCUGCGGCCCUCAGUGGGAGGUGUCGGACUGGUCCGAGUGCUCAGCACGGUGUGGCCGUCAGGGUGUGAGGAGCAGAGAGGUGCGGUGCUCCAUGGAUGCUCAUCUGUGUAACGAGUCCACACGUCCCAUUAAUCAGAGGGAGUGUGACGGACCGCCAUGUGACCGCAGGUGGAUUGUUUCAGACUGGGGACCGUGCUCAGGGCCGUGUGGAGAAGGCCGCAUGAUGCGUUACGUGGUGUGUAAGGGUGGGAAUGGGAAGGUGAUCUCUGAUGGUCACUGCGAUCGGGAGCUGAAGCCCCUCACAGUGCAGCCGUGUGGAGCCGCAAACUGCCCUGCACACUGGGUAGAGCAGGAGUGGGAAAAGUGUAACGUGACAUGUGGGCGUGGGGUAAAGAACAGGCAGUUGGUGUGUGCCGGACUCGAAGCUGGUGUGUUUAAGGAGUUUACUGAACACGUGUGUGAUCGUUCACCCAAACCUGAGGAGACAGCCGCGUGCUUCGAGAGGCCUUGUUCCAAAUGGUUCACCACCUCCUGGUCUCAGUGCAGUAAGACAUGUGGGAGUGGUGUGAGAGUGAGAGAAGUGAAAUGUUACCAGGGAGAGGAGAUCGGCCACAGCUGUGAUUCCACACUGAAACCUCAAGCCAGACAGAGCUGUGAGGUCCAGGCUUGUCCUACUGAGGCACCAGCGGAGGAUGUUUGUGAGGACAAAGCGACAGCAAACUGUGCGCUGGUGUUGAAAGUAAAGCUCUGCACACACUGGUACUACAGGAAGGCCUGCUGUCUGUCCUGUAAGACCAAAGGUCACUAAAGAGCUGCUGAACCCUAACCGGGCCAUUCCACUCAAUGUGAAGAACCCCAAAUACACACACAUACAAACACUGUAACCCUAUGACCCUAACCUUUUACCCCAAAAUCUACACCCAAAAAUAGCUAGUUAUUCAAAUUGCUAGCUCAAUGGCUACAUAGUAAAGUGGGAUCCACAAACUGUGAUAAACUCUGAAACUUUAUAAAACUUGAUUCAAAUCUAUUCACUGCCAUGCCUUCACAAUACAACCUAGACCUUACUUUACAUGUUUGAACUACAUACACAGCCACUUAUACAGCCCAGAACCUGAUACCCUUGGCUGAUAAUUCAGGAGCAUAAUAAUAAAGAGGAUACAUGCAUUUUAAAUGUGAGCUAAUUACAGUGCUUUAGUCCCCUGAAUGUAAGGGUUUAUAUAUCAAUAGUCUUUUCUGGAUUGCGUGCGGCUCACAAAACAACUUCCCAAACGACCAAUCUCUGGAGUCUGGAGGUGUAAAAAACAAAAAGAAAGCAACCCUUAAGCGUGAAAACAGCCUUACCUGUCAUUUAUUAAUUACACAUUAUCUGUAUCCUUUAACUACACUAAUUUUUUUUUUUAAUACAAUCUGAUUAUUUUACCUUACAUCGAACACUAAGCUACACCAAACCUUUCAUCCCCACCUAAAUCCCCGUCUGAUCCGCAAUCUAAUCCCUUACGUUACGUCCAACCCGUUCCACUAAAUCUUCUCAUACUUGGUACACUGAACCCCCAAAUUACCCUCUAACCUGUAUCGCUAAUCUGUAAAAAUAAAGGUGCUAUAUGAAGUGGGGUUGUGGUCAUCAGGCCCCUCAGGCAGCUCCGCUCACUGCACAGGCUGUUCCUGAUGAGUGCAAGGAACAAGCCACUCUCUUGUACUGUAUCACUGAUUCACUGACACACUUUUUCAUAUUUGUACAAAGUUUCUUGUUUUUACCUUUAAUAUGUUUGUGGUGACUGAGGAAGAUGGGGGAAAAAAAAGAAAUAAAGUCAAUGUUUGGCUUUGGUGCAUUUGUGUACUUAAGACAAAACCAUAA